GAAUCAGUAGUCCCAAACUCUCGGCAGUAAACAAUGAAUAUUCCAUUCAAAUCACUUGUGAGUGUUUUGGUGUUUGUGAUUGGAAUAUCAGCUUCAACUAGCUAUGAAUCCAUUGAAUUCCUGAAGGCUAAAAAUCUGACCGCAGACUAUUGUUAUGCAAGAAGUUAUGCUGAAGUUUCAUUCGUCGUCCAGAACUGUACGCAUAUUGUACUUGCGAACUUCGAAGUACCUGCCCGUGAAACGCUAGAGCUAAAGUUACGAAAGAAUUCUGUGGUUUUAAUCGAAGGAACUAUCAAAUUUGCAGUGGCACACUGGGAUGGUCCACUCAUGCAUAUCACUGGAGAGAAUAUUCAAGUUAUUGGUGGAACUAAUCACCUCAUCCAUGGACAGGGUGAAUUAUAUUGGGAUGGUCAAGGGGGCGCAGGGGGUGUGACAAAGCCUCAGAGAGUAUUUUCAGUGAAGGCCGAGGGAGGAACUUUCAAAAAUAUCAACAUCAAGAACUGUCCGAUGUUUUGUGUGUCCAUCAUGGGUAAUGAUCUCACGUUCUCUGGUUUCAAUAUCGACAAUAACGAUGGAUUCAAGAAUGGUCGAGGAAAGAACACAGACGGCAUGGGAUUCUCUCACUCCAAUAAUAUUGUGAUUGAAAAUUCAAAAAUCGUCAACCAGGAUGAUUGUGUGAACGUUAUAUGCAGCAGCAAUGCUGUAAUCAGGAAUGUCCAUUGUUGGGGAUCUCAUGGUCUCACUAUUAGCUCAGGACUAUCAAAAACCGAUCUAAACAACGAUGUAUAUAAUAUAACCUACGAAAAUUGUUCUAUAGGGGGAUCACUGGUGGGAAUUCAUGUUAAGACUCAUCCUGCUGGUGGACAUGGAACAGUCAAUCAAGUGACCUACAGAAAUAUUGAGAUAAAAGAUGUCACGAAAUUUGGUGUCGAAAUUCAACAAGAUUACCCGAAAGGAGAUGGUAAUUCGGCAAAUAACAUCAACAUAUACAAUAUGAAUUUGAUCAAUGUUACUGGAUCAGUCAAAGGUAGUAAGGCGAUAGGAGUGCGCGUUAGCUGUGGUUCUGGAUCGUGCUCUGACUGGAACUGGUCUGAUGUCAAGAUUACUGGUUCACACAAGAAGGAUAGUUGUAAUUUCCAUCCUAAUGGAUAUAAAUGUUGAUGAGAUUGCAAUUUGGAAAAAUACAUUGGAUCAACUUAU